CAGGAGAGUUCGCGCCGAGCGAACACUAACUUGCCAUUAUGGGCUAGCUACGAACUAUUCUUUUUCUCGCCGUCCGAUUCGAAAGGUUAGUUCAACAUGACAGCAGCGUCGACGGCAGCCAGUAGCCUUCCUCCUGUCAGGACAUCAUGCCAUGUGCCACUUUCACUCAUGACAUCCAUCAGCGAAGAGACGAUCGCCCUCUGGCUCAAACUCGGAGCUCUGGAGAAAUUAGAGCAAGCCGUUCUUGAUGGUUAUGGAGAUCAGCUUUGCGGGAAAACUUCCAGAAUUCCCCAAGUCAACAAAUUUUUGAAACAAGUGCCACUCUUCCAAAACAAAAUACGAGAUAUUCACCAGGCUGUUUCGCAGGGGAGGCUGCGGGAUGUCCAGCAUCUUAUAGACAGGAAGAAGUUAGCUUUUUGUCGAGAUCACAACGGUGCAAGUCCAUUGCACAAAGCAGUCAUUUUCGGUCAUCAAGACAUCAUAGAAUAUCUUGUUAAAAGAUAUGGAGGCGUCAUUCAUAUAAGAGAUCAUCAAGGAAGAACAGCCCUGCAUUACGCUGCAUUUCUACCAGACAGAGGGGAGAUAUACCAAUAUCUAUUGGCGUUGGGAGCUGAUGAGAGAGCUAUGGAUGUUUAUGGCAGACAGCCCAGCUACUAUCUAGAUGGACAAAAUGAAAGUACGUUGCGACAACUUCGAGACGGGUCAACGCUGAAUGGAAUAAGAAAAAUAAAACCUAGGUAUUAUGGUCAAGUGGCCACGAGUCAGUCUCUUGCAAACAACAACAAAUCAACAAUUAGCAAAUCACAGAUUCGAGAGCUGAUUUCCGAUGGUAAUAUAAAUGCUUUAGAAGAAUUGGUUUUACAAGGACAAGGAGACAGAUUGUUAGGAGAAACCUCUGCCAUCCCAAAAGUCCAGUCUUUCUUAAAUAUAGUGCCAAUGUACAUGGAACGUAUUUAUGAUGUCCACAGAGCGGUGAUGAGGGAUCAACUAGAGCAUGUAGUAAUUCUUUUAGAAAAUCGGAAACUUGCGAUGGCCAGAGAUCAGCUGGGAGCCACACCACUGCACAAAGCUGUAUGGUUUGGGCAUUAUAAAAUAGCACAUUUCAUAAGUCAACAGUUCCCUGAAACCCUCAAUGCCAUUGAUAUGGAAGGACGCACAGCGCUCCAUUAUGCUGCCGCCUUAAAAGACAAUAAGAACAUGUACGGAAUUUUAAUAGAAGCUGGUGCGAAUAAAGGAAUCUACGACAACAAAGGAAAAACAGCUGAUUAUUACUCUCAAUACCCGGAGCACUUGAACCUUGAAGAAGUAAUAAAAAGGUGUCACAAAGUAAAUGCUAAUUAUUUAGCCAACACCGCUAGUCGAAUCAAAGGAAAAUCACCUGUACGGCAAACUCCCCCGCCAAGUAACGGGAAUUUAAGUAACCCUCAGUCCGAAGACACUAAUGAUUCCACAAAAGAAAACAGUCAAAGCAAUGACAGCGGAAACGAAAUUGAACUUAUAUCGAUGUUACAGAAAGACAAGCUAUCAAGACGAAUAGAUAUAAACAGCGCUAACAUCCGAAAAUGGGUUAACGCUAAAGACGUAGAGAAGCUGACUAAAGCUGUCAUUGAAGGCUAUGGCGAAAAAGUUGUUCGAGCUCACACAGCAGAGGAAGAAGAUAAAUCAGAAAUAGCCAACAAGAUCUCAGAAAUGGUUGAGAGAGUCAAUGCAAUUCACACAGCAGUUUCCAGCGAUGAUUUGAAUGAGCUUCAGAAUCACCUCGAUGAGAAAGAUUAUGCACUGGCCAAGGACCAUAUGGGCAUGACUCCUCUGCAUAAAGCUGUGCUGUUGAGAAAAAAUAAAAUUGUAGCCUUUCUCAUUGAGAAAUUUCCAGAAGCAAUUAAUGCAAAAAAUAAGAAUGGACUCAGUGCACUGCAUUAUGCUGCUGCGAUGUCUAGGAAAGAUGGUCAGCAAUUGUACAAGAUUCUUCUUCAGGCGGGGGCUGAUCCAAAAGUUCGAGACAGCCAUGGGCGGACACCUGAUUACUAUAAAACCCACCUCAUAACACUUCCAAGUAAAACAAUGAUGAAGACAAGACAUGCAGGAGGCCGAGGAACAGAAACAUUAAAUCGUUACAGUAAACAAGGUGUAUUAGAAAGAAUGACAGCAGCCUUGCAACGAGGAGACAUUGACCUUCUGCAUGAUUUGGUAUUAGAAGGUCACGGAAAACAUUUGCUGGGGAAAACUUCAUGGCAUGAUGAUGUGAAAAACUUCCUUAAAGAGCUUCCUACAUAUUUAAAUAACAUACAGUCUUUCCACGAUGCCAUACGAAAAGGAGAUGUUGAACGAGUUCGAGAACAUGUCUCAGCUAAUGAGAAACUGAUGAAAGCUCGAGAUGAUACAGGGUCUUUACCCUUACAUAUAGCAGUGACAUCGAAUCAGUCAGAAGUUUUAGAUUAUUUUCUGAGGAACCAUUCAAACGUGUUGAACUGUAAAGAUUCUGACUGA